CCAGUGUCACUUAUGGUAAGGCAGGACAAAGUACACAUGUCUGGGUUUUAAUCUCUAAAUCAGUUAAAUUUGUGAAAUGAAUAUUGAGAUGACCAAGAGAUCUGGAUGAAAUGUAGAAAAAUGAUUCCAUCUCUCUAAAUAAUAUGAUUUUCACUCUUUUCAGAUAGAAGGAGAAAUUGAACACUUUUUACAUAAACUUUUUUUUUUUUUUGAGUUCUUAUCAUUCUAAAGCUCAGCCCAGUCUAAAGUUCUUUGGUAUAACUUUUUGGUUUUUACUUUCAGUUUCAAAGCAACUAAAUGAUUUGAAGACGCUCUGUGACCUUCUUCUUAGACUUGUUUUAGGGGAAACAUUAACAUGACAAUAACUUCUGACCGUCUUAUUUGUCUCCCUUCUUAAUAUUUUCCCUAACUAGGGCUGGAGAAGCUGCUGCUGCCCCUACGGUCAUACCCUCGGAUACUGUUCUCAGAAUAACCAGGUGCAAACUGUCUCUGGAGCCAGGCUUUCUGGAUGCAUGGAAGAGAGCAAGAGCUUCCAGGAAAUCCCUCUGCCCUCUGCUUAGUCUGUAUGAGUAUCGCAUUGUCAAAGUGAGCAUUUUGUACUUCCUUUGCUCCAUUCUCUGCUCUAAAGAUGAAGGAUUUCCCUAGCUUCUCUCUAGCUGGAUUUCUCCUGCCCUUUCUCCUCCUUCAGGGUUCCAUGCAGUGCUCAGCAGUGUCUAAGUUUUCUGUGAAAAGACCAGCUGAGCCCAUCAUGGUGUUGCUAGGGACAGAUGCCACUCUACCCUGCCAACUGUCUCCUGAGCAGAGUGCAGCUCACAUGCAGAUCCGGUGGUACAGGUCCCAGGGCUCCCCUGCGGUGCUUGUGUACCAGAAUGGCCAGGAACUAGGCGGGGAGCAAAUGCUGGAGUACCGUGGAAGAACGGAAUUGGUGGCAGAUUCCAUUGGCAAGGGGGCUGUGGCCCUGCUGAUUCAACAAGUUCGUGCCUCUGAUGAUGGCCAGUAUUGGUGUCAUUUUAAGGAUGGUCACAUCUCAUCAGAGGCUGUAGUAGAGCUGCGUGUUGUAGGUUUGGGAUUUACUCCUCAUGUUCACAUGAUGGGGCCUGUGGAUAGUGGGAUUCGAGUACAGUGCUCUUCAGAUGGCUGGUUCCCCAACCCCAGGGUGCAGUGGAAGGACAAGACUGGCAUGAAGCUAUCAUCCCUCUCUGAGUCUCACACCCAAGAUGGAGAUGGGCUUUUUCAUGUGGAGGCAUCUCUUGUGGUCACAGACAGCUCUCUGGGCAGUGUCACCUGCUCCAUCCAGAAUCCCCGCUCUGACCAGGAGAAAGCAGCUGCUGUCUUCCUUCCAGAGCCCUUCUUCCCCAGGGUGUCUCCAUGGAAGGCAGCCCUGGCAGGGACAGUUCCCGUGCUGGGGCUUCUUCUCAUCGGGAUCAGCUACUUCGGUUGGAGAGAACAUCAAAGCAAAGAGAGAGAAGUAAAGAAAAGGGAGAAAGAAUCUGAGGACAGAGAUCAGAUGAAGAAAGAAAUGGAAGAUGCACUUAAAAUAAAAAGUAAGCGGAGGGAGGCGGGCGAACGACGAAAAGCAUUAUAUGAAGCAGAUUGGAAGAAAGCUCUGUUAUAUCCUGAUUGGAGGAAGGAACAAUUCCAGGCUGCCAUUGUGACAUUCACUCAUGAAAUCUGUCACCAGCACAGUUCUGACCCAGAAGGAAGAGAGAAUUUCAGAGAGGACACAGAAGACAUGUCUUCUAGCAAUAAGACAGAAGACUGCAACCUUAUCAAGCUUGGUCAGGAAAGCUUCACUUCGGGAAGAUACUAUUGGGAGGUGGACCUUAAGGACAGUGAUGAGUGGACUCUAGGCAUUUAUGAGGUAUUGCCAGAGAAGAGUGGUCCACACAAGAAAUUCCGAGUAUUAGAGAAGAAGGGAUGUGAAUACAGGGCUCUCACCUUCUGUCUCCAAGAUAUUUCCUCAGAACAGCAUCUCCAGAUAGAUGAAUGUCCACAAAAGAUUACAGUUUUCUUAGAUUAUGAGGACAGUGACAUUUCUUUCUACAAUAUGAAUGACGGUAGCCACAUCUUCUCAUUCAGGCAGGUUUGUGUCUCAGGGUCACUCUAUCCUUACUUCAGACUUAAAUGCUUGGAGUUUUCCCCAACUGCUCAGUAAAUUAACUAAAGGAAGAAUCUGUAUUAUGAAGAUAAUAGAACAUCCUCUCUAAACCCUGGGACUCUAGUCCUGACAAAUAUUCUCACAUGAAUAGAUUAUGAGAUCUUCUUAAUCUAAGGCUCUGUAAAUCACCAGGACCAGAUUUUCUGACUAUCAAGUGGUACUUAUUAAAUAAUAUUCCAGAGAUAAACAUUUUUGUCAUUGUUGUAAUUUUACCUAAUUUAUGCUAGCAUGUGACAGUUUUUCUAAAAUAAAUUACUGUAAAAGUAAAGUGAAUAAAAUCAAAUAU